CAGAGGUAUGCUGUUCAGUGAGAUCCAGCUCAUCUUCAGCUGAGUCUGCAGCAGUCAGAGCUAGGGCUAGAGCCGAAGCAGCAAAGGCACGCCUAUGCUUUGCUGAAGAGGAAGCUAAUCUGAGGCUACAACAAGCUAAGUUGGAAGUGUCUAUACAAAUGCUAAAACAUAAAAAAGAGGCUGCAGCAGCCGUUGCCGAAGCAGAGACACUUGAAGCUGCUGCUGAUGCAAAAAGUGAGAGACAUAGUUGUGACCUGAACAUAGACUCUGUUCCUUUAGAAGCCUCACAACGCACAAAGCAGUAUGUGCUUGAUCAACUAAAAGAAAGGGAUUCAGAAUUUGAGUCAUGUAAAAGUGGUGACAUGCAAGCAAAGACAGGGCCGGUUCCUAAUCAUAACGUGUCACCUCCUCCAUUAAAGCCUGAAGUCAGUCCCAGUGCUUUUCCUACACACCACUUCAGACCACAAAACCACCUCACCCAGCCUCCUCCUGCACGCCAUGCCGUACUGCCAGACUUCCAUGAUGGCAGCUCACACAUAAAUGACUUUGUCAGGUAUCUAGCCCGCCGUGAGCUUGUAGCUACAGGCUUGCUUCAAUUCAAUGACAAACCCCAAAACUACAGAGCAUGGAGGCGUUCCUUUUUGACUACCAUCAGCGGCUUAAACCUGACACCGAGUGAGGAGAUGGAUCUUCUGCUAAAGUGGCUCGGGAAGGAGUCAGCAGAGCAUAUUGAGCAGAUAAGAGCAAUACACAUCAACCGGCCAGAAGCAGGACUGGCCAUGGCAUGGGAAAGGCUCGAGCUAACAUAUGGCUCAGCUGAAGCAAUAGAAAAUGCUCUGUUCAAACGCAUUGACAGUUUUCCAAAAAUAAUAAACCGAGAUGGACCUAAGCUGACAAAGCUGGGUGAUCUACUGAUGGAACUGCAGGCCGCCAAGGCUGAAGGAGACUUACCAGGCCUGGCUUUCCUUGAUACGGCGAGAGGCGUCAACCCAAUUGUACAGAAACUCCCGUCUCGUCUCCAGGACAAGUGGGUGAUAGCUGGUGCAGCCUACAAGAGUCAAAACAAGGUAAACUAUCCUCCCUUUGGUUUCUUUGUCGAUUUUGUCAGCCAGCAGGCUCGCAUUGCAAAUGAUCCAAGCUUCAGCCUCAUCGGCAAUCCAGACACGGCCCCCAGGACAGAGAAGACAGCAUGGAAGCCGAACAGACAGCGGGAAGUCUCCGUCCACAAGACAGAGGUGUCACCCAGAGCCACGUCUGACACGGGUGAGCCUCCAACAAAAUCCGACGACAGCGACAAACUGUGUCUGUUGCAUAAAAAGCCCCAUCCUCUCCGUAAGUGUCGAGCAUUCAGGGAGAAGACCAUUGAUGAGCGCAAAACACUCCUCAAAGAAAACAAUGUGUGCUUUAAAUGUCUUUCUUCCUCGUCUCACAUAGCAAAGAACUGCAGACUCAAUGUCCAGUGUUUGGAAUGUAAGAGCGAUAGGCACAACACAGCGCUUCACCCCGGGCCCGCACCCUGGCAGCAGGAGGCUGGCCCUGCUUCUGAGCACGGCGGGGAGGAAGAUGCAGCUUCAUCGCAGUCUCAGAUCACCAACAAAUGCACGAAAGUCUGCGGAGGCGAACUCACAGACCGCUCCUGCUCAAAAAUAUGCCUCAUCAAAGUGUUCCCAACUGGCCACAGAGAAAAAGCUGUAAAAUUGUAUGCGAUCAUGGACGAGCAGAGCAACAGGUCGCUGGUUCGCUCACAGUUCUUCGACAUGUUCAACGACCAAAGUCCAAGCGCACCGUACACACUGAGAACAUGUGCUGGAGUGAAGCAAUCAGCUGGUAGGAGGGCCACUGGCUAUGAAGUGGAGUCUCUGGAUGGAACUGUUCGCGUCCCGUUGCCAAGCCUCAUAGAAUGUAACGACAUACCGAACAACAGAGAAGAAAUUCCAACCCCUGAAGUAGCUCUUCAUCAUGAUCAUCUAAGUGCCCAAUACGACGGCAUAUCACUCAACAACGUGCUGUUAACGGGACCUGACCUGAAUAACACACUUCAGGGAGUGCUGAUCCGGUUCAGAAGAGAGGCCAUCGCCAUCACAGCCGACAUAGAGCAGAUGUUCUAUUGCUUCCGGGUAAGAGAAAAAGACCGUAACUUCUUGCGUUUUCUCUGGUUCCAGAACAACGACCUCUCCAAAGCCAUCGUGGAUUACCGCAUGAACGUCCACGUUUUCGGCAACAGCCCUUCACCUGCAGUGGCUAUUCACGGUCUACACAAGUCGGUCCAAGGCAACGAGUUCCAUGUCGACCCAGAUGUGCAGCACUUCGUGUUGCACGACUUCUAUGUUGAUGAUGGACUGAAGUCCCUACCCACGGUUCAAGCUGCUAUCAGCCUGCUAAAAAGGACACAGGAUGUGCUCUCCAAGUCAAAUCUGAGACUUCACAAGAUUGCAGCGAACAACAACGAGGUCAUGGACGCCUUUCCAUCCAGUGACCACGCGAGUGACCUCAAAGACCUUGACCUCGACGCAGACGAGCUGCCAUUGCAGCGCAGCCUCGGGCUUGACUGGAAUCUCAAGACAGACUGUUUCCUUUUUAAUGUCUCCAGCGCAGCCAAGCCCUACACCCGGCGCAGUGUUUUGUCUACGAUCAAUAGCCUCUACGACCCACUUGGAUUCGUCGCUCCCGUCACGGUCCAAGGCAAGGCUAUCCUGCGAGAGCUCACAGCGGAGAACGGUGACUGGGACGCGCCCUUACCUUCAGCCAUGGAAGAUGCCUGGACGUCAUGGAGAGCCUCUCUGUCCGAGCUCGCUGAGCUUCCCAUCCCAAGGCGCUACACAGAAGCUUCACCAUCAGCAGCGGUAAGAAGAGAACUGUGUGUGUUUUGUGAUGCGUCAGUCAAGGCUAUCGGUGCUGUGUGCUACCUGAAAGUGACAGACAGUAAUGGCAACAACCAGGUUGGAUUUGUAAUGGGCAAAGCCAAGCUGGCCCCCCGUCCUGAACACACAGUGCCAAGACUCGAACUCUGUGCAGCAGUGCUUGCUGUCGAGUUAGCAGACCUGGUCUCUGCAGAACUAGAUCUACAGCUUGAUGAUGUAACCUACUACUCGGACAAUCCAGCCGACCAGAUCAGUGGCGCUAUGUACCAACAGAUCUGA